CAAGUUGCUCACCAGCACUCGGCACCCAGCACACCCCAGAAAUGCGCUUCCUUCCCCGCCUCGGCCUCUUGGCUGCCCUGGCCAUCACCGCCUUCCUGAGCUGGAGGCUGCUUCAGACCCCAGCCCACAGCCAAGGAGGUGACUUGGCCCCCAAGGCAAAGAAGGGCUUCACUUUGCCACUGGACACCUUCCUUCACGUCCAGCAGAUCAGGAAGAGGAGACUGAGAACUUUCUGCAGCCGAACAGGCAAAGUCACCACGCUGCUGAGCAGCCAGGUCAAGAGAGCCUCCCUGCUCCCAAGUCUGAGGGUGAACACCAAGCUGGACCUCCUGUACUGCCAAGUGCCAUCAACAGGGGUGGAGGAAUGGCAGCAGCUUCUGCAGAAACUAGAGGAGGCCAAUGUGACACUGCCAGCGCCAGUCCCCUACCGCCGGCUACAUGCUAAGGAGACACAGCUGAGCAAGUUCAAGCAGACGGAGAUAAAGGCCAUGCUGGGGUCUUACACCAAAGUGCUCUUUAUCAGGGACCCUUUCCACAGGCUGAUCGCCACAUUCCUGCGAGGCAUGGGCAGCAGCCCAUCCUUCAGCAGCUUCAUCCAGGAAGUCCUAGACAGUGAAAUGCACAGUGGCAGCAUGGCUUGGAAACCACUGGUCAGCCUGUGCCAGCCCUGCCUCAUCCAGUAUGACUACGUGGUGAUGUUUGGCUUCCUCAGGCAGGAACUGGACCACCUGCUGCAGCGGGCUGGACUGCCUGCAGGCAGCCUCCUCCCCGAGCUCACUGACAGCCAAGUGCAGCGGACCUACAGGUGGUUGUCAGAGCAGCUGUUCAGCGAGCUGUCUGCCCAGCAGAAGAAGCAGCUGUCUCAUUUCUACCGUGGGGACCUUGCUGCUUUCCUGUUUCCUAGCAGUUUCCUGUCAGAGCACCCCAUCACCGCAUAGACCUGGGAGAAAUAGCCUGCAUGGAGGAACUGCUUCAGGGAGCACUAAUCCAAAAGCAAGUGCUUCAAGAUACUGACAGGCCUUUGCUUCCCAGCUGCUUGCAGUGAGGUUUUCCAUGUCACAGCCCAAAAGACUCAUCAGAGAGCCAAGACAGACCACUGCCGGGGACGGGGGAUCAAGAUGGUUGAAUCGUAUUUAAACAUAAGAAGACAUAUUGUGUUUAAACAUAUCCUGGUCAGAGCAGGCACUAGGGAAACUUGUGGCACUGGGACUUGGAAAACUGCAUGAACUGAAUUGUGAUGGGUUAAACUGAGCAGUUUGGGGUGGGGUGGAGUGGACCUGCUGCAAACCACAGCAGCAUCACCUGUGCUGUGCCCACACUGACAUUUCCUAUUCUGGGCUCCAUGUUGAUCCAAGAGGUUUGGCAAUGGCUUCUUCAUGACAAGUCUCCUGACACAGGUACAAGGAGCACUCCCAAAGGAGCAUAUCACCUGGAGGCUGAGAUCUGACACAGGGUGGCACACCCUCCUGGGGAACCACUGGCAGUGUUCCCAGUCUUUUCAUGCUCAGGGAAGGUCAGGCCUGGCCCAUUGCUUGGUCUUAUCUGUUCUGUGUGAAUUGUUCCUGUUUUACAGCCUCAUCUCCCACGUGUUUGGGCUCAAGUGGGCCCUGGCAAUGGGAUCCGAUGCUUGCUCCAUUCACAGGUUUAGAGUUUGCCUCCCCUCCCUCCAGGGCUGACUCCAAUGGGCCAAGGCCAGCUUUCAGCUCAGUGCACUAGCCCUGAGACAAGGAAGUGUCAGUGUGGACCAGGUACCACCCACAGCAUCAGACAGACUGCCUUCCACCUUGUAUUGGCAACUGCUGGGCCCUGUGGAGGCAGCUAGAAGCAUCAGAAUGCACCACUGUGCUGCAAUGGAAAACAGGAUGUGGCUACUACAAGCUCCUGCUGGCAGAGAAGCGUGAGGACUGACUCUGCUUUCUUUUGGACUUGGCUGCCAGCGUGGCCAGACACAGGCCCAGUCUCUCCAGCUGGCUCGCUGUUUCAUCCAGCUGGGCAGCCCAGAGCAACCACCCGCCCUCUCCCAGCUUUGGUCACUGAGCUGAUCUGACUCACAGCCCCUGGGAAGGGUCCAUCUUCAUCAAACAAACACAAGGAUGAGCUGAAUUUGUCUAGAUUUCAAAUCCUGACAGACUCUUACCAUAGCAUACUUGUUUC